AUGGCUAGGCCGGCGUACAAAUCGAAUGAAUAUGUUGGAGAAUCGGAUAUAGAUGACUCAUCCUCCGAUUCAGAACCAAAAGAAUAUCAACCACCAAAAAAUUACAAUAAAAUUUCUACAUCUUCAUCUUCAAAACCAUUAACUAAAUUAAAAGAUAAAGAAUUAUGGUUAAUAAAAACACCUAAAAAUUUCCCACUUGAUCAAUUAAAAUCAUUACCAAUCAUAUUUACAAGAAAUAGAGAAGGUGAAAUUUUCAAACUUAAUGGAUCAUCUUUUCAAAUUGAUGAAGAACUAAUAGUCAAUGAUAAUAAAUCAAAAAUAAUACCUGAAGAAAUAAAUAAUAAACAUAAAAUAUUUAUAAAUAAACAUGAUAGUUAUAAACCUAUUGAUACAGAUUUUUCAAGAUUUUAUAAUAUAAAAGAAGUAGUAUCUAUACCACAAAUUGAUUUUGAUAAAGUAAGAAAACCAAGAAAAGAUGUUCCAAAAUUAAAAAAACUAAGGAUGAGACAUUUUCCAACUGGUUAUGAUAAAGAUGAUUUUGAUGUAUAUGGAUCUUCAUCAACUAGUGAUGAUGAAGAAGAAGAUCAAAUGGAUAGAAUUAUAGAUGAAAAUGAUAAAACAGUGGGGAAAACUUUGAAGAAAGCUAAAGUUGAUGAUGAUGGGAAAACUAAAAGUACGAAGAAUGAUGAUGAAAGUAAAGAACAUCACCAUCAUAAAAAGAAUAAAAAGGAUAAGAAAGAUAAGAAAGAUAAAAAGGACAAGAAGGAUAAAAAGGAUAAGAAGAAAUCAAAGAAAGAUAAAAAUUGA